CAGCUACAAUGCUCCCCUUCUUCCGCUCAAGACCAGACGCAUCCUGGCACCGCGUGGGCCGCGUCUCAGACUUCCCAGAGGUAUCCCAAGACGAGGCGUGCCAGGUCACAACAGCCUGCAAGGCCUUCCGGAUCCCCAACGUAAAAGGCGAGGUCCCGACCGAGACGGAUAUCAAUAUGCCGGGGGAGUUGAAGGACCAGGUUAUGGUGUUUAAGUAUAAAGGUGCUGUUCAUGCGAUUGACCAUCAAUGUCCACACUCGGCAUUCCCGCUCUCGCAGGGAAGUAUUUUCGACAUUGAGGAUUUCGGUAUCAAGCUGAGUGCGGGGAUUACGUGUCCCAAGCACGGCUGGUCGUUUGAUCUCUUUUCUGGGACGGGGGAUAGAGGGAAUUUCAAGUUGAAGAUUUGGGAGGUGCAGUUGCGUGACUUGCCUGCUUCUGAGACUGAGGCUGAAAGUGAAUCUGGAUCUCCUGAUAAAGAGGUCUGGGUGAGGAGGAAGCAGCGCAUUGGGUAGCUGCUUGAGCAGUAUAUUGACUGCAGACUGCAGACUGCAAGAACUGCGUGAAAAUAUCAACAUCCGCGAUACACCGCUUGGAUGGUUGUCAUCGACCCAUAUCCUCUUGAGAGGGAAUCCAAAUGAACAGGCGGCCGGCAUUGGCAUACCGUCCUAAGAACGCCCGCCAUCUUGAAUGGGAUUGAUUCCCGGCCAGGCCGAAAUUUACGUCUGAUAUUACCGCUGGACGGGUUCAGAGAACUGCUGCAUGAAAUGGAAGUGAUUGCAUAGCGUGUAUAGAGCAUAGACUCGGGCGGGUUAUCCAAAGAACUUGGAAUUAACAUACUAGAUUUCUAAACUAGAAUAUUAGAUAUGAUGCGACGAUCAAUCUGCACAGUAAUAACUAAAUCGUGUUUAAUGUUUAAC